AUGGACGAAGAGGAGGCCGAGCUUCGGAAUCCGUUCCCGGCACCCCCGUCCCAUUAUACAAAAUAUACUACCCAUAACUUAAACCUUCUUCGCCUCAUCCGAGAACGCGCGGGCGAUAAGGAUCUCACGCAGGCCAACCAGCAUGAAAUCCUGUCCGACCAGGUAGAUAUGCCGGACUGGCCGCUCAUUCAACUCGAAAAGCCGCGGGUGGAUUGGAUACUAGAAGAUGGACACUAUACUGUCUUUGGGGAUACCUGGUUUGUGAAGGAGACCAUACCGUCGCUGGCUGAGUCCGGAGGUCAUCAAUUAUACCCGGCAGACCCCAGCGUUGACCGACGACCGGCACUCCUCAGCAUCAUGAAGACUAUGCUCGUCACGUACUCACACCUCUUGAAUGCGCUUCUGAUGCCACCCCCUACUUCCUCUUACCCAACUGCACAACCAGAAUGGGUCAGACACGUGGAUUGGAUAAAUGUCAUGGCGCAGAACCUCAUGGCUGCAGCCAACGACCUGCGGCCAGUCCAGGCUAGAGGUAACUUGGAGAUGAUGAUGCGGAGACAGCUGGAAUUGCGACGCGAAGAGGCGCAAAAUAUUCACGCUAAAUGCGACGAACUUGAAGCUAAGCUCAGCGCACUCAGCUCCUCUGCCCUGGAGACCGCGGAUGGAACAGACAAAGGGGCAGUAAAGUCACCAGCGCCAGAAGCUAUGCAAGAUGUGCAGGAGGCGAAAUCGCGCACGCAAACCAUGGACAUACCGGUUAGCAUAGACGAAGUCCUACGCUGGGCAGAGGAGGUUGGUUAGUCGACUUCGGCGGUCUGCAUGAGCAAGCUUAGAGUAUGCACCAUUUCCGAUCGCUGUGGUUCGUGCAACAUCCUCAGCCGACCUGCUCAAUAAGAUCCUCCCUUCGCUCGCGUCUCGCUCGACGAUCCAGCCCCUCUUCGUCAACCAGGUCCACAUGUCCGGAAAGCGCGAGGGGAUGGUGCAGAUGGUUACCGUACCCGUCGCGCCCUCAACAAGUUUGUCGACCAUCAUCCGUAGAAGGCCUGCCUUGCGGCACUCGGGACGCACUCCUGCAAGCCAGAUGUGCAGGGUUUCGGCCUGCCCGUUGCGUAGAGGUGGCGUGUUAAUCCUGGGGUGUGCAUACAGAAAUGCGAUAGUGUCCUCGACAUUUGUAAGCGAGGUUAACCCCGAGCGCGUUACGUAGAGAAUCAGUGAAGAUCGUGAUGAUAGACGUUGUUUCCAAACUUCGAGGGACGUGUGUUUGGACUGAGUCUCGGGUUGGAACACCUCAUUUGAUAGCGAUAGGAUAAUGGGUAGAGUCUGAUCUACGUCUGGUGAAUUCGCCUGGAGAGCAUGGAUCUCGUACAUGGUUGUAGACUUGUAGUCACGAUAUUGAU